CUCAGGACAUUUAUUGGUGGAAAUAUUCUGAAAGAGCGCAGAUAAACUCAGAACUUCCUAAAGAAGUGGAGGGAGGAGAAUCACUCAAUACCUGCAGUGAUAACAUAGAACUACAAUUCAAAAGUAUUCCAGAACUCCAGAGAGAUCCAACUCCCAACACUUUGGAGAGUGGAAGCAUGACAAUGAGGACAUCAGCAAGUCACUAUGUGGUGACCAGACCACUCUACUCAGAGGAGACCUUUGCAGAAGAUUAUGAGAAAGUGUACCGGAAACGAAAGACCACGCUGGACCAUGUUAAGCAAUACUUCAGUUGCGAUUCAAAACGUGUGAAGAAUGCAGCCCUGUCUCUGCUGCCGAUCAUCGGAUGGAUGAAAAUGUACAGGGUAAAAGAAUGGCUGUUGGGUGAUAUAGUGUCAGGAGUCAGCACUGGACUGGUGGCUAUUCUGCAAGGGUUAGCGUACAGUUUGCUAGCAUCUCUGCCUGCUUGGUAUGGGUUAUAUGCUGCCUUUUUCCCUGUGAUCAUCUACUUUUUCCUGGGAACAUCUCGACACAUUUCUGUGGGAGCUUUCCCUGUUCUAAGUCUGAUGGUGGGAGCUGUGGUGACCAGACUGGUUCCUGAUGAGGGUUCACCAGUCAACAUCACAGGCCUCGAGGGGCUGACCAUGAAUGAGCAGAGAGCCAUAGUGUCCGCCUCACUUACCUUUCUCGUCGGCAUUUUCCAGCUGGCUAUGGGGGUGCUGCAGGUGGGCUUCAUAGCUAUAUACCUGUCAGAUACUCUAGUGUCUGGAUUCACAACUGCUGCUGCCGUUCACAUCCUGAUAUCACAGCUGAAGUUUGUGUUGGGGCUGACAGUACCGGGCUUCAGCGGACCUCUUGCCGUUAUAUAUAUUCUGGAGAGGAUCUUCGACCAGAUCACUUCCACAAACCUUUAUGACUUGGUCACCUCCAUUGUGGUGAUGGUGGUGGUGUUUAUUGUGAAGGAACUCAAUGACAGAUUCAGGUCAAAGCUUCCAGUGCCUAUUCCCAUAGAGGUCAUCAUGACAGUCAUAGCGUGUGGCAUCUCCUACGCAUUCAACUUUAGAGAGAAUCAUGGAGUGGAUGUUGUAGGAAAAAUACCUGAUGGAUUUGAGGCACCCGUGGCUCCGAAUCUUCACAUCUUUCAGGAGACAGCAGUGGACGCUUUUCCUAUAGCCAUAGUGGGCUUUGCUGUUGCUUUCGCUGUGGCUAAAGUCUACUCUGUCAAGCAUGACUAUGUUAUUGAUGGAAACCAGGAGCUUAUUGCUUUUGGGGCCAGUAACAUCUUUGGUGGCGCAUUCAAAUCAUUGGCGGCCAGCACAGCUCUGUCCAGGAGUGCAGUGCAAGAGAGCACAGGAGGGAAAACACAGAUUGCUGGUGCUCUGUCUGCCAUCAUUGUCCUCAUAGUAACCCUGGCUAUAGGGUUCCUGCUUGAACCACUACCAAAGUCAGUGCUGGGCGCAGUGGUAAUAGUGAAUCUGAAGGGGAUGCUGAUGCAGGUGCGUGAAGUCCCUUACCUGUGGAAGAAGGAUCGGUCGGACUGCAUUGUCUGGAUAGUCACCUGUGUGGCCUCCAUCUUGCUGGGGCUGGAUCUGGGCCUAGCUGUGGGACUCGGAGUGGAGCUGCUUGCUGUGGUCUUCCGGACUCAGUUCCCCCGCUGCUCUGUCCUGGCAAACAUCACUGGCACAGACAUUUACAGGGACCGCAAGGACUACAUCAAUAUCUAUGAACCAGAAGGAGUGAAGAUUUUCAAAAUCCCUGCACCAAUCUUCUUUGCAAAUAUUGAUUUCUUCAGAGGAAAGCUGGUUGAUGCUGUUGGCUUCAGCCCUUUGAGAAUACUGAGGAAGAGAAAUAAGGCGCUGAGGAAAAUUAAGAAACUCAUAAAGAAAGGAGAACUAACAGUCACCUCUAAAGGACUAAAUGUCACAGGCUCUUUUCCUAUUGACGAGUCUGAAGAUGAGAACAAUAUGGAGGAUUUAGAUCAGCCGGUGGAUUUCUCAGAUCUUCCUGUUCAGGUGAAUUGGAGAAGCGAACUCCCUGCCAACAUCUCUGUUCCUCCAGUAAACAUCCACAGUCUCGUGCUAGACUUCUCUGCCGUCUCGUUUAUCGACAUCUCAGCAAUCAAGGGGCUUAAAACGGCUUUAAAAGAGUUCAUCCGUGUUGAUGUUGAGAUCUACAUCGUGGCCUGUGACCCGUACAUCAUUGAGAAACUGAAAAGCUGCAAGUUCUUUGAUGAUGAGAUUAAGACGUCCAUUUUCUUUCUGACCCUCCAUGAUGCAAUACUCCACAUCCUCCAGCUACAUCCGCCUCUGACCGUAAGCGAGAAGGCCUACAACAGCAUCCAUGACAUGCUGUAUAAUGGAAAUAGCAACUUGCGAAGCAGAGAAAAAACGAGCAAGGAGCCAGAGACCAGGUUUUAAUGGACUGCCAUUUCAGUUGCUUCCCCAUAUGCUGGAGAACCUGGGACACAGUCUGCUGCCGGACACUGUAAAUCUGAAGAAAAUAUUUCAUUUUGAACUAUUUUUGUUAAUUUAAUAAUUUGUAUAUAAAUGUAUGGCAUGAAUUUGUAUCGAAUGAUGACAUGUUUACUAACAAGAAGAGCGUUUAAUCAGGCGAUCUUUUCUUAGAUUGCUGGCAAGGAAUAAACAGGGGUGCAUUUUUUUGUAUAUGUAAAUUAUUUUUGGUGUAGAUUUUGUUGUAUAGUGUUAGCAUACUGUCAUAUUUUUGUGUACCACUGCUAUUUAAAAUAAAUUCCAACAUUUUACACUGA